AUGGGGUGCAUGUUAGGACAACAUGACAAUACUAAGAAUAAAGAUAGAGCAAUUUACAAUCUUAACAAGAAGUUCAUUGAUUGCGAGACAAGAUUUGACCUUUUGAAAUAUCUUAUGGGUGUAUCUGCUCUAUUUGGAAGAUUAGCUCAGUGGAAGAUUCUAUUGUCAAAGUUUGACAUUCAAUAUGUAAGUCAAAAAAUAGUUAAAAGGAGCUCCAUAGUAGAUUUUAUACCAAGUAGGGCUUCUAAAGAAUAUAAGCCGUUGAGUUUUGAUUUUCCAGAUGAAGAUCUAAUGGCUAUUUCAGUAGAAGAAGCAACUACAUCUACCAAUGAACAUUGGAAGUUGAACUUUGAUGGUGCUUUGAAUGCCUUGGGGCACGGAAUUGGGGCAAUUUUGAUCUUACCAAAUGAAGAACAUUAUCCUUUCACCAGUCGGCUAAAUUUUGAUUUCACGAACAACAUGGUUGACUACGAAGCUUGUGUUUUGGGUCUCAAAGCUAUCGUUGAACGUAAAAUAAAAACACUCAAAGUAUAUGAGGAUUCAGAUUUAAUUAUUUAUCAACUCAGGGGAGAGUGGGAGACAAAAGAUCCCAAGCUGGUAGAAUAA